UUGAGUUGCUCCGCAGAGCGCCACCCCACCUGCCCGUGUCUGAACUCCUGUCUCCGUUCACCUUUGCAUUUGGACGCGCAUCCUUACAUCCAGCGGCAGCCCGAGCGUCUCAGUAUCUGAACCGUGGGUUUUAAAGGGCAAUGAUCUCACUGGAGCUAUUUCAAUUAUUUACGAGUGACCUUUCACUUUACCUCAAAAACCAAGUUAAAGUCGGACUAUUCGGCUCUGGGGUUGGACUAUCGGUAGUUCUCGGGUUCAGCGCCGCUUAUGCCUGCUACUACCUGAUCUCUGUGGCCAAGAAACCUCUACUGAUAGCUGGAGGAAAUAAGUUUCAUCAGUUCCUGAGGGACCAAUGCCCCGUGGUUUCAGAGACAUACUACCCCACUUUCUGGUGCUGGGAGAGCAGAGUUCAAACACUGCUCAGACCCUUUGUGACUGCAAAACCCUGGGUCAACUACAGAAAUGAGCUCAUUAGAGCACCAGAUGGAGGCCAGAUCUCUCUGGAUUGGUUUGACAAUGAUGACAGUGUGUCCCACCCGGACCAGUCAACGCGACCCACUGUGCUGCUCCUCCCAGGACUCACAGGCACCAGCCGCGAAUCCUACAUUCUGCAUAUGGUACAGCAGAGCCGGGAUCUAGGAUACAGAUGUGUGGUGUUCAAUAACAGAGGCGUAUCGGGUGAAAAGUUAUUGACUCCAAGGACGUAUUGUGCAGCCAACACAGAGGAUCUGGAAGUGGUCAUUGAGCAUGUCCAGCGGACCAUUAACAAAGCUCCGCUCAUGGCGGCUGGGGUUUCUAUGGGCGGGAUGAUGUUGGCGAACUACCUGGGUCGUAAAGGCUCUGAAGUACGCUUGAAGGGUGUGGUGGUUUUCUCAGCAGGCUGGGAUGUGUUUGAAUGCACAGCAUCACUGGAGAAACCCCUGGACAGAUUCCUCUUCAACUCUUACCUCACCAGCUGCCUGCAGGCGUCCGUGGACCGUCACAGAACCAUUCUUGAAAAGAAGUACGACAUAGACCAUGUGAUGAAGGCUAAAACUAUACGAGAGUUUGAUGAACGUUUCACAUCCAUCAUGUUUGGUUAUCCAUCCAAUGAUGACUAUUAUAGAGACGCGAGCCCGAUUCACAAGAUCAAGUCUGUGCAGGUGCCAAUGCUGUGCCUCAACGCAGCUGAUGAUGUCUUUUCCCCCAAUCACGCUAUUCCAGUGGAGGCUGUGAAGCAGAACCCCAAUGUGGCCCUCCUCAUCACCUGUCACGGCGGCCAUAUUGGCUUCCUGGAGGGUCUAUGGCCUCGGCAGAGCACCUACAUGGACCGCGUUUUUCGUCAGUUCACCAAAGCUGUGUUUGAGAACGGCAACGGUCUUGAUGAUCUCUACUGACCCUCUCUUCCCAUUCCCUCAACAGAACAGCCGUGAGCAAAAAAAAAAAAGAUCUGUAUUCAUUUCCAAAAUGACAGGCACAGGUUCACUUGAAGGCCAGAAUUGUUAAUUUAGUCUAGUCAUAUAUUUAUUGAAUUAUUUUAGUAGUGUUUUAACUCUUUGAUUUUCAUUCAUGGAACAGAAAUGAUUCUUUGACUUGCACAUUCGUUCAUCCGUCCAUUGGUGCACUUAUUUGUUUCUAAAAUGCAUUCAUCUGUGACUUGCAUGUGUGUGUAUGACUCUCUUAAUUAUGUACUUUUAUAUAUGCUUUAACUAUUAAGGGCAUGAUGAACCAUCCAACCAACUGAAGCACUUAUUUAGGUGACAUUACUCAACAUUAUGUGGAGAAGUGUACUAAAUCAAAAUGAAACUAAAUCAAAUCAGCACUAAAGCAAAAUAAAAAAUAGAAUAUAUGGCUAUAUAUAAGAAAAUGAAGAGUAAUUUAGAAUAACUUCAUUACUGUAAUGCGAAAUAGUCUCAUUCAAGUUUCACAAUGCCGUACUAAAUAUCAUUAUUUGUGGACAUAUUUAUGAAAUAUGGGUGACAUGGUGGCUCAGUGGUUAGCACUGUUACCUCACACCAAGAAGGUCCCGACUGAGUCAGUUGGCAUCUCUGUGUGGAGUUUGCAUGUUCUCCCCGUGUUCGCAUGGAUUUCCUCCACAGGCCAAAGACAUGUGGUAUAGGUGAAUGGAAUAAACUAAAUUGGCCCUAGUGUAUGUGUAUGAAUGAGGGUGUAUGGAUGUUUCCCAGUAGUGGGUUGCAGCUGGAAGGGCUUCCGCUGUGUAUGAACAUAUUUGAGUUUCUUGUGCUCAACACAAAAUUAAAAUAUUUUGAUGAAUGUUUGGUAACCGGGAGCCAUUUUCUUUCAUAGUAUUAUGAAAGUUAAUGGCUACUAGUUACCAACAUUCUUCAAAACAUUAUCUUUUGCAUUUAACUGAAAAAGAAACCCCUUGAGGGUGAAUAAAUGGUUGAUUUUUGGGUGAACUAUUCUUUAAAAUAAUAUAAACAAAAUAUUAUCAGGGUGGCAUGGUGGCUCAGUGGUUAGCACUGUCGCCUCACAGCAAGAAGUUUGCUGGUUUGAGCCCCGGCUGGACAAGUUGGCAUUUCUGUGUGGAGUUUGCAUGUUCUCCCUAUGUUCGUGUGGGUUUUCUCCAGUUUGGUUCACAGUCCAAAGACAUGUGCUAUAGGUGAAUUGAAUAAGCUAAAUUGGCCGUAGUGUGUGUGUGAAAGAGUGUGUAUGGGUGUUUCCCAUUGUUGGGUUGCAUCUGAAAGGGCAUCCGCUGCGUAAAACAUAUGCUGGAUAAGUUGGCAGUUCAUUCCGUUGUGGCGACCCCUGAUUAAUAAAGGGAUUAAGCCAAAAAGAAAAUGAAUGAAUGAAUAAUUGGCCAUAGUGUAUGUGUGUGAAUGCGAGAUUGUAUGGGUGUUUCCCAGUACUGAGUUGUGGCUGGAAGGGCAUCCGCUGCGUAAAACAUAUGCUGGAUAAUUUGGCAGUUUAUUCCGCUGUGGCGAUCUCUGAUAAAUGAAAGGACUAAGCCGAAGGAAAAUGAAUGAAUAAAUGAAUGAAUGAAUGAAUGAAUGAAAAUAAUAUUAGUGAAACCAUUAAAAUUCAUUAUGAAAACAUUUCUGGUUUUUCAGGUUGGUAAAUAAAUCUUUUAGGCCAUUUAGUUUUUAAAACAUGCAACUCUCAAGGAACAGAUUUUCUCAGAAAAUAUAUGAGAGCUUCUUUUAUUGUCAUUAAAUAAUGAAAAAAGAAAAAAGAAAACAGCUCGAAACCUUAUUAAAUAGAUUUAGUCAAAUUGCACUAUAUCAAAUUGUGAUUGUAGCCGUGAAGGUCAAGGGCAUUUGUGCAGUUGUUUUUCUAAUUAUAAAAAAGGAUUUCACCUAAACUCUUCAAAAAAAUUUACUAAUAAUGAUCCAUGAUGCAGUGAAGCAAGGAGGUCACAUUCCAGCUCCACUUUUACCUUCUUAUGUAAACAUAAAAGAUUAAUUCAGUGUUUACCAUACCAUGUUUGACAUCCAGCAUGUCAAUGACCAUUUAUCCCUAGCAGCUGAUUUGCUGCACCAAGGCCUUAUCAGUUCGGUCCAUUCUAGUGUUAAAAAGGAAGCUUUAUGUAUUAUUAUCCUUAUUUUCACCAUGUAUCUUACAUGUCAGUAGUUUUGUAGCCCUCAGAACUGACCCCAAUUUUUCUCUAUGUUAGUUUGUUUUUAAGACAAGAAAAGAUUGUAUUCACCAUAUCGUAGUUUCCAUAAGAAUGUACCACAUGCACUUUGUUUCUCAUUCAUUACAUUAAUGUUGACACUGACUACUUUGUAAACUGUAAAUGAAUCAUUUUGACUUGGAAUGUGAAAUUUGUUGUUGAUGGCAUUAAACCUGUGGAGCCCUACAAGUAAAGUGUGUUAUAUUGGACUUAACAAAAGUGGCUUCAAGGAUUCUGUGAAUGUGAAAAUGACUUGAGCUACUGUUUGUCUGAACAUUGUAAAAUAUGUUAUAUGCUUUUAAUAUAUGCUUUAAAUUCACUUAAGCUCAAAAUGCUUUAUAUAUUAAUGCUCCAAUGAAUUCUUAAAGGGAUAGUUCACCCAGAACUGAACAUUUACAAUGUACCUCGACUUUUUUUCUACAGUAGAAUAUCGAAGAUAAUUUUAUCUGAAACUCUUGUCUUUGGUAAUUCAUAGACUGUCAGUCAAUGAGUACCAUCGGCACUUUAAGAAUCAAAAAUGUAUAUGCAGGAUAUUUAUUUUGUGACAUCACCCAGCAGACACACAACAUCAUUUAAUGUAGAUAUUUGGUUAUCUUUAGGUUGAAUUAACUAACCAAAAUCCAAUGUCAUCUUAACAUCAUAAUGUGACGUCCAUACAACGUCAGAGUCUAACAUCAGUAAACAUUGACCUUUGGUUGUUUUUAGGUUGUUGAAUUAACCAACCAAAGUCCAAUGUCAUCUUAACGUCAUAAUGUGACGUCCAUACAACAUCAAAGUCUAACAUCAGACACUGAUCUUUGGUUUAAAUUUGUGGCAUUAACUAACCAAAAUCCAACAUCAUGUUAACGUCAUAAUGUGACUUCCAUGCAACGUCAAAUUGUAACAUCAGUAGACCAUGAUCAUUGGUUGGUUUUAGGUUGUGGAAUUAACCAACCAUAGUCAAACCUCAUCUUAACGUCAUAAUGUAAUGUCCAUACAACGUCAAAAUGUUACAUCAGUAGACAUUGAUCAUUGGUUGGUUUUAGGUUGUGAAAUUAACCAACCAAAGUCCAACGUCACCUUAAUGUCAUAAUGUGACGUCCAUACAACGUCAGAGUCAAACAUCAGUAGACACUGAUCUUUGGUUGGUUUAAAUUUGUGGCAUUAACUAACCAAAAUUCAACAUCAUAUUAACAUCAUAAUGUGACGUCUAUAGAACAUCAAAAUGUAACAUCAGUAGAGAUUGAUCUUUGGUUGGUUUUAGGUUGUGAAAUUAACCAACCAUAGUCCAAUGUCAUGUUAACAUAAUGUAACGUCCAUACAAUGUCAAAAUGUAACAAUGGUAGACAUUAAUCAUUUGUUGGUUUGAAGUUGUGGACUUAACCAACCAAAGUCCAAUGUCAUCUUAACGUCAUAAUGUAAUGUCCAUACAACGUCAAAGUGUAACAUCAGUAGACAUUGAUAUUUGGUUGGUUUUAGGUUGUGGAAUUAACCAACCAAAAUCUAACGGCCCAACAACGUUGGGGUGCAACGUCAGUCUAACGUCCUGUGCCUGCAGGCUACACUGAGGUCUUAAAAUGUGAACCAAUCACUCUAUGUGAGAAAGUGAACAUUAGCCAUGUUUCAUGUGCAAAACUAGAAUAUUGCAUAAACAUUUGCAAAAAAAGCACUAUUUCCACCCAAAGAGGCAAAUACAACAAAACGGUCACUUCCUGAUAAACUGUCGCCAAAUAUAAAAAAAAGGAGGCAUACAAUAAGUUACUUGUACCUUAAAAGACAUGGACAAAAUGCAAUGAAUGAAAUCCUAAUUGCUUUUUGGAGGCUCGAGACCACUCUUUAGAAGUGUAGACGCUCAAAACAGUUCUACUAGUUAAUAAUACUGAACCACUUUGAUGACAGCGUGGCUAAAAAGGCAUUUUAGAAUGACCAAAACAACAUUUCAGAUAUCGGGCAAUGUGCUUUGACCACUCGUUUGUCCAUAAUGCCAUUCCAUUGUACCCCAGUUUCAACAGAAAAGCUUUUUUAUGAUGAUGAUAUGAUCUUUCAAAACAAAAUCACAUUACUUUUUUUGCGCAUGCUGAAAUUUAUUGGGUAAAUGUGUUUGCAUUGUACUUAAUGCACAUUUUUAUUAUGGAAUAAAAAGUUUAUCGUACUCAUUUUCAAAAUUUAGGAGCAUCUUUGCAUUUCCAUUAAGAUUAUUGCACAUAAAUAUAUGUGUAUGGAAGCAUAGCGAUCGUUAACCUUAUUAUAUCAUACAUCAUUUGCCAGGUUUCCAUCAUAACGAGAAGCAAAUCUUUUUAAAGUUUUAAAACAAACAACAAAAACAAAACAAAUAUAAAUGAAGUGUAAGUUGUUAGAGUGGAUGAAUGUAGUAUUGGUAACCUAGUAACCAACAGCAAACAACGAAAGCAUAACAGAGACAGCCGAUUAGUCACGUGAGUUUAAUAUUCGUUACAUCAGCAUUUAUUCAGCAACCCAUCUGGCACAUGACGUCAACAUGACGUCAGAUUGACGUUGUACCCCAACAUCGUAGGAUGUUGCAUUCUGUUUGAAAAUGAAAAUAAGUUUGAUGUCAGAACCCAACGUCAGGUCGACGACAAUGUCCAUUGUCGGACAGACGUUACAUUUUGGUUCACAACGCAACCUAAAAACAACCAAAUAUCAGAGUCUAAUGAUGUUACAGCUUGACGUUGUGUGGACGUUACCAAUAUUACGUCUGUUAGACAGGAUUUUGGAUGCUUGACGAAUAAAUGUCAGUAUUUGAAAUCAAUAUGCUGUUGGAUUAAGAUGUUGGCUCGACGUUUGAUUUUGGUUUUUUCCAACACAACCUAAAAUAUUAACGUCAUUUCACAUCGUUAUUGGACAUCAAAAUAUCAUUGUCCUUAGACACUGGCAACCUUAAUCUAACCUAAUAUGAACUUCUGAUGUUGUUUGUCUGCUGGGAAAUGUGUUUCCGUCUCUUAUUAUUCGCGUUAACCUUUUUACACAUAAGUUUAAAACCACAUCAAGCAAGCGUAAAAACUUUUUUGUCUGUGUGAAUUAGGUGAUUUUUAUGCAAAGUUUUGUUGUUUUUUGUUUGUUUUUGACUUUUAAAUACUGGUAGCCACACCCCAGACCACAGUUGGGGCCAAUGCUACAAAGUCCCCUACUAACCUAAAUAUUUUUUGAGUUUCGAUUGAACUAUCUCUUUAAAUUUGGCUAUAUUAAAAAGAAAACAAGAGAGAAAAAAAAUCUUGAGCAGCCAUUAUUUAUGUGAGAAGGUCAGGAAGAGUUCAAAACAAAAUAAAAGAUGUAUGUGUGUCAUUGUGAUUUGACGAGAAAGCUGUAAAUAACUAUGCCCAAAUAUAACUCUACAUUUUCACGGAAGAAUGACAAGACGUCCCGAACUAAACCCUAUUGAAACGACCAUGGGUUGUAUAUUGACCAUUGUCUGAUUUUUCUUAUGGUGCUGCUUCAUAUUGCUGCUGUUGUGGACUUUUAAAAAAUGCUAUCCUCUCUGCUUACCGUCCAUCUUGUUUCCGAGUAGCAUGUGUCACUGUUCUAAGUGUCUUGAGUAACUGUACAACCAUGCAUCGCAUAAACCUGUAGCACAACGGACGUUUUUUUCCCUCCCCAUGAAGAUGUCUUUCCUUUUAUAGAUUUAUAAAAGGAUUGCGUAUUUAACAUGUGCAGCAAUAAGAUUUUAAUACAAGAUCUAUGUCUCUGUAGAAUAAAUAUAUGCACAUGUACUUGUAUGGAUUAUGAGUGCAUUUGUGGUCUUAAAUAAAUUAUGGAAUU